AUGGAGAGAGAAAAGCAUGAAAAUAUGCUCAUGGCAAUUGCUCGGGAUUUUAAUUCAAUAGAUGAUUUAAUAGAAACUUUCUUAAACUUCUUAGAAAAUAAGACGGACUAUUUCCAUGUUAUGCUUAAUGAUAAAGAUGUAGAAAUUUUGUCGAAAAAAUAUGACGGGGCUAUACUUAAAAAUUUAUUAAAUAAUAAUAACUGUGGAUUUAAAGCACAUAGUAGAGAACAACUUUUAAUUAAAUCAUUUAGAAAACAUCAAAUAAAUUAUAUAAUGAGAAAACAACCAUAUAUAAUAGAAAAUGAAGAAAUGAAAAAUAAAUAUUUAACUUCUUGUGAUGAAUUAAAAAAAGUAAAAUAUAUGCCAAUAACAGAACAUAUCAACAUGAAAAAACAAGAAAGUUCAAGUAAAGUAGAUUCGGAUGUACAUUCAUCUAAUAUUGCUCAGGAAAAUCAUAUAUCUAUAUGGAACGGAGGGAAAACAGACAAAUAUUACUGGAAUCAGGCCCUAAAAGAGAUAAAUUUAGAAUUGCCUUUAAAUGAAGAAAUUAAACCGAAUGAUGUGAAUGUUCAAAUUACCAAUACAAAUAUUAAAAUUUAUCAUUCUGGUGUAUUGAAAUUAGAAGGAAUGUUUUAUGAAGAAGUUGAUAAACAAGAAUGUGUAUGGAGUAUAGAAGAUAAAAAAAAAAUUAUAAUUUAUUUAGAAAAAAAAAGAGAAAAUUGGUGGCCAUGUGUAAUAAAAGGAGAUACAGAAAUAGAUACCAAAAAUAUAGAAUCAAAAAAAAAUUUAACCGAUUUUGAUGAAAAAACGCAAGGGGAAAUUAGGAAAUUUUUACUUGAACAAAGAAUGAAAAACGAAGGUAUACCUACUCCAGAUGAUUUAAGGAAACAAACCAUGAUAAAUAAUGUCUUAAGCAGCAAAGGAUCACCUUUUGACAGAUAA